AUGUUUUCCCUUUCCAAUUUCUGUCUGGGGUUGUGGAGGCAGUCGAUUGUGCGGUGUGCGGAUAACACCGGUGUGAUCAAGGCGUGCAUUAUUGGCAUCAGGAACAAGUAUGGAACUGGGAAAAUCGGUGCGCGCAUCCGCGUAUCGGUGCGUGACAAAACCCCCGAAUGUACCGCCCCAAAGAUGCCGAAAGGUGUGAUUGUGAGAAGGAGAAAGGAAACCCGUCGGAAAGAUGGCAGCUACAUCAAGUUCGACGAGAAUGCUUUCGUCAUCAUCCAAAAAAACAAAGCCAGAGGGACGAAAAUAAAGGGACCUGUGCCGAUGGAAAUUCGGCACAAUUGCAAAACACUCGCCAGAUGGAUUUUCUAA